GACUUGUGAAUUUGAAAAGACCGAUCUGAAAGAACAAAAAAAGACACAGGUUUCGUACAUCGAUUCCAGAUAAUCUUCAAUUUUCAGCAUCCUACCAUGAGUUACCGUGGUGGAAGAGGUAGAGGUGGAUACCACUACAAUAACAAUAAUAACAACCAUAGUAACUUUAAUAACAAUAACAACAGCCACAACAACUUUAAUAAUAACAACUAUAACAACUUCAAUAACCAAGGCAAUUACAACAAUUUCAAUAAUCAGAAUAGAAACAACUUUAGUCAACAGAACAUAAAUCAAUUUGCCAAUAGUAAUGCCGUACCCAUUGAGAUUCUUGGAUGGAAUGGGGCUACUCCCGAUGAAUGUAUCAAGUUUAUUUCCAGAAAAUGUAAGAUCAGUGUUUCGAAUUACGAAGUGGAUCCUAAUUCUGGGAUAUUGAAAGGUUACGUCAAGACUAAUAAAGAUGCAGAUACCUUAUUAUCGUGGUCUGGAGUUAAGUUUGCAGGGCAGCCAUUGAAGAUGACAAAAUCCACUAGUGCCGAUUCGUUCUCCAAUAAAGCCGGGGGAGGGGUCGCCGGACAAUCAAGUAAUGCCAUUGAAACUAUUACUCAAUUUUUAAAAUCUCGUUAUCAGCCAGACGUUAAACUUCUUAAUCUUCUGGCAGUGCAACAAGAUGGAUCCUUAUCAGCAAAUGGGUUUUUCGCUUCUAUCUCAACAACUUCCAAGUUUUUCCCUGCCUUGAUGAAAAUAGCCGGGGAAUUGAAACUCGAUGUUGUAAGCGUGGAUUUGUCUGGUAAUAACUUGAAUGAUUUAACUACCAUUUCAACAUUGGCCCAUACUUUCCCCUUGUUAAAAAACUUGGCCUUACUGCAUAACAAUUUUCAACGUUCAAAGCUGUUUGAAGUUUGGAGACAUAAAUUGAAUUUCUUACGUGAACUCGUUCUCAUUGGUAACCCUAUCUUGAAUAACCCCAACGAGGCUUCCAUUCUUAAACAAGAGCUUAUGAAAUCUUUCCCGAGACUUAUUGUUUUAAAUGGUGAAAUAAUAAGAAAUGAAGAAGUUUUAAAUAACCUUUUAACUUUCCCAUUCGAUGCCCCACAAGCAAUGUUCUUCCAGGAUGAUGAAGUUCAAAAUUUAUCAACUAAUUUCGUGGCUAAUUUCAUAAAAUUGUGGGAUUCUAAUAGGCAAGAUCUUUUGAUGCUAUAUCAAAAUGAAUCGCAAUUCUCAAUGCAAGUUGACUCAGGACACCCACAUACUACCGAAGUUUCUUCAAAUAAUAGAGCUCCUUCUAAUUAUCAAUCAGGUCCUGAUUUUGGUUAUUACUUAUCGGAAUCCCGUAACUUGACCAGAGUCUCAUCUACAAAAUCACGAUUUUCAAGAGUUGCCUUGGGACCUGAACAAAUUUUUAAAUCUUUUUCUCAACUCCCUAAAACUCGUCAUGAUCUUAUGGCAAAGCCUGAACUUUAUAGUAUGGAAUCAUAUCGCUUUCCACAACUCAAUGGAAUUAUCAUCACUUUCCAUGGUGUGUUUGAUGAAGUUGCGACUCCUGAUCUAGAAUCAAAUAAUCCUCCUUCUGGUCCUAGUAGGUACCGUUAUGGAUCAAAAAAUAAAAAGGCGGCGUUAACUCCAAAAAGUUUUGAUCGUACCUUUGUUGUUAUUCCAGGUCCAAAUGGUAGCAUGAUCGUUGCCAGUGAUCUUUUAUCUAUUAGAGCAUUCACUGGACCAGAAGCUUGGGUUAGCACGAGAGAAUCCCAACCUACAUCUCAACCUGCUCCUGUUCCUACUCCUGGACCCACUCCUGGACCAACUCCUGGACCCACUCCCGUCCCUGCUCCAGCUCCUAACGCUGGAAUUCCUACCCCUACCCCUACAGUAGCCGAUUUACCCCCAGAAGUAAAAGCAAAUUUGAAUCCUCAACAACAAGAAAUUCUUGUCAGGAUAUUACUCGAAACUAAACUCAAUAUGCAAUAUGCUGUCAUGCUCUGUGAACAAAGUAAUUGGGACUAUCAACAGUGCUUAAUCAAUUUCAAAAACUCGGUGGCAUCACUUCCACCAGAUGCUUAUGCUGCAUAAACCAAUUGUAAUUUCCAUUUUAAAAGUAACCAACUCUCUGUAUUCUUAAAUAGAUAAUCCAAACAUUUUGUAUCUGUAUAUACUUUGUAAAAAUAUAGCAUC